AUGCCUUCGAGCGGAACUGGUCAAGGCGCCAAUCCAACAUUUGCCAGUACAAUCUCAAAAAUGGUACAGGAAAUGACACAAGCUUUUGGAGGAGGACGCGGUGGUAAUGCUGGUGGCAGAGGCGGGGCCAGUGGAAUGCAAGGAAUGUGGGGCAUGAGCGGUUCAGGGGACGCACCGGAAGCAGGCAGUUCUGGUAGCAUGGGAGGCAUGAUGGGAAACAUGAUGGGCGGUUCCGGCGGAGGAAUGGGAAAUAUGAUGGGUGGUUUUGAUGGAGGUAUGGGAAACAUGAUGCAAGGCAUGAUGGGAGGAGAAGGUAUGGGAGGAAUGAUGGGAAAUAUGGCGGGCGGAUUUGGUUCGAUGGGAGGAUUUUGA